AUGGUUACCUCUCAAUUUUCGACAUUGAUUGGCGACAAUUUGUUGAAGACUUUCCCAAGUCACGUUCCCCUUCCAGUGGAAGUCCCCGAUGCCUUCUCAUUGGAACAUGUUGAUUUGGACUUCUCUGACGUUUUUGGUCCUGCAACAACUCCUGCAACUUUACCUUUGAUAUCUAAAGAUUCCGAAAAUUUUAUUGUCCCAUCUGAAGUGAAAGAAUUAAUUUAUAAUGAUCCAGAAGUAAUUCAUAGUCGUUUCCAUUCCUAUGUGGGUCCCACUUCUUGUUUAAGUCAAGUAUCAAAGCUCAACAAGCUCGCAUUGCAUGAGAGAGAAGGUCUACUUGAACUUGUGGACGAAGUAGACGGAGAGGCUCAAGAGAAAUUUCCUGAAGCUGCUAUUGAGACAGUUGUUCCGAAGGAGUUUAUUCUUGAAGUUGAUUGCAAUUCAGAGAAGACAGUAGGGCUUGAGGACUUUGAAUUUUUGAAAGUUGUUGGGCAAGGUGCAUUCGGAAAAGUGUACCAGGUGAGGAAGAUUGGUUCAUCAGAAAUAUUCGCUAUGAAGGUUAUGCACAAAGAUAACAUUAUAAAGAAAAACCAUGCUGAGUACAUGAAAACAGAGAGGGAUAUAUUGACAAAAAUAGAUCAUCCCUUCAUUGUGAAGCUUAGAUACUCCUUCCAGACUAAAUACAGAUUGUACCUUGUGCUUGACUUCAUCAAUGGGGGUCACCUUUUCUUUCAACUCUACCGUCAAGGCCUAUUCAGAGAGGAUUUGGCACGUAUAUAUGCUGCUGAGAUUGUUUCUGCUGUUUCUCACCUCCAUGCAAAAGGCAUAAUGCACAGGGAUCUGAAACCUGAAAAUAUUAUUCUUGACGCAGAGGGGCAUGCUAUGCUGACUGACUUUGGGCUUGCAAAACAAUCUGAUGAGAACACAAGAUCUUACUCCUUGUGCGGAACAGUUGAGUAUAUGGCACCAGAAAUCAUUUGCUGUGGAGGUCAUGAUAAGGCUGCAGAUUGGUGGAGUUUGGGAAUUCUUUUGUAUGAAAUGUUGACAGGGAAGCCGCCUUUUGUUGGUGGGAAUCGUCACAAAAUUCAGCAGAAGGUACUGAAGGACAAAAUCAAGCUGCCAGCAUUUUUGUCAAGUGAGGCUCACUCUCUACUGAAAGGGGUAAGAGCUCUGCUGUAUCUGUUUUCUACUGACGAUGAUAUAGAUAGCAAUAUAUUCUAUUCAAUCACACAUUCAUCUGGAUUGAACCAGGCGGUUUUGCUUCAAAAGGAGGUGAACAAGCGCCUUGGGAAUGGGGUAAGAGGAAGUGAUGAGAUAAAAGGCCACAAGUGGUUCAAGUCUAUCAAUUGGAAGAAAUUGGAGGCUCGGGAAAUUCAACCAAGCUUCCUUCCACUAGUAGCAGGAAAACACUGCAUCGCCAAUUUUGAUGAGCGUUGGACCAACAUGCCACUUCUAGAUUCACCAGCUGCUAGUCCAAAAUGUGGCGAAAACCCCUUUAAGGGAUUCAGCUAUGUGAAGCUGUGGCCUAGUUCUACAGAUCUGUGA